AUGUUAUCUCCCUUUAAAAAGCAUAAACACAUCCGAAGCCGAGCUUCCGAUUACCAAACGUUACCGACGACUGAAAAUCAGAAAACUAUUCUAUCUACUCCUUCCAGAUCCUCGAAGAUUAGCAUUUUUGGCAUACCCUUCCUGUCACCUAAACUUGGACUUACAACCCUGAUUUUUGCUGCACUAGCCAUUUCAAUUAUCGCCAUAGUCCAUUUCGGCUCGGCACCGCCCUCGCACAAGCUUCUGCAUUGCGGCAACUCUCCUACCGAAGCCCGCGCCAAUGGCUGCGUGUACAGCCUGGUGGAUGUUCGUUGGGUGCCAGGCCAAUGCUACGACAAGAAGAUGGACGACGAAUUCAACAGCUUGCCGUGGCACUACUUUGCCGAUAAGAACGGCACGCGUGAGAUCACCCAGGAACUCGCCAAACAGGGGGAUACUGAGUUUUGGGUCACUAUGGAAUACCACAUCACGCACUGCGAGUUUACCAUGAGGCAGUUGCGCAGAAGGUAUCUGGAAGCAGCGCGGAGAAGUCCUCAGGAGGUCGUAGCUUCUAAUACUUACAUGACUGAGGAGGAGCAUUUUGAACAUUGUGUGGAGUACAUGAAUCCGCGCAAGAUAAUUGAGGCCGACCUCAUUGUAACAUUUAGCAAGAUGGAUUUUGGGACAUGCCAAGUACCACUUUAG